ACUGUGGCAACUCUGGAUCCUUUAACCCACUGUGCCUGGGUGGGGAUCAAACCUACACCUCCGCAGUGACCCUAGACGCUGCAGUCAGACUCUUAACCCACUGUACCACAGUGGGAACUCCAGGGGACGUUUUUUAAGGGGAACAAAUUCUUUGUAAGGAUAAUUUUUAUGUGUUUUAUAGUGUAUUCAUGUAGGUGAGACUAACCAAAUCUUGAUAAAAUGAACUGAAGGGAGUGUAAUUUGAAUUGGCCAAUCCUGAUAUUUUUCGGUUGAGUAUGUGAGGUGGAAGAACAAGGCUGAUUUUUAAAGUGCAGAAGGGCCUUCAUGACGUGGUGUAACAUCUCUGCAAAGCUGUGGAGUUUGAUCCUCUGCAUCCUGUAGCUCCUGGAUGCUCCCCACUCAGCUUUCUUCAUGUGGAGCCAAGAUAAGGCAGCCACUUAAAAGUUAGCCUUAUACCCUGGCAGAGGAGGUCACUGGAAGACGGCUUUGGCGAUCCUAAUCAAAUGCCUUCCAGAAGUUAGAUGGCUUGUUGUUUGAAUCUUGGGACUUUCUCUACUGGGGAGUAUCUAUUUAAAAUAAGUGAGAUUGGGAGUUUCCGUCAUGGCUCAGUGGUUAACGAAUCUGACUAAAACCAUGAGGUUGCGGGUUUGAUCCCUGGGUUUGCUCAGUGGGUUAAGGAUCCAGUGUUGCCAUAAACUGUGGUGUAGAUUGCAGACGCGGCUUGGAUCCCUCAUUGCUGUGGCUCUGGCGUAGGCCGGUGGCUACAGCUCUGAUUCGACUCCUAGACUGGGAACCUCCAUAUGCCUUGGACGCUCCCCAAGAAAUGGCAAAAAGACAAAAAAAAAAAAUAAAUAAAUAAAUAAAUAAAAAUAAAAUAAAAUAGAAUAAAAAGUGAGACGCAAGCCAGUGAAAGAGUGUCACACAUUUCUUUGGCCAAACCAAAGAAAUAGGGUGAUUUUAUUGAGAGAGGCGGUCUGACCUAGGUGUUCAAGGGCAUAGUUCCAUGGUCCAGCUGGCUGGGUGUGAAUCCCACCACUGCUGCUUAUUUGUCGGAAGACAUUGUCUAAGUUACUCACCCUCUCCGUGCCUCUGUUUCCUCUUCAUCUCUGAAAAGGGUAUAAUAGAAUCUACUUUAUAGGAUCAGUAGGGAUAUACAUAUAUAUUGCUUCGGACAGUCCCUUCCUCCUGCUGAGUAUAAAAUAAUACUACACCAUUAUUAUUUCUAAAGUGCCAAACUUGAAAUUUGCAGACACCUCUGCAAUGGGCUCUAGGUUGUGAUACAACCCGUGCCUCUGCAAUGGCCCAGGUUGUAUCCCAGUGCCAUUGGCUUCCCUGUAGAUACAAGUUCUUAGGCAAGGGUGGGUGGUAAUCAGUUGAGUCCAUGCAGUCCUGUCCCCCAAACAAGACAGAGGCUGUGGACGUCAGCCUGACUCAUGCAUGCAGGGAGUCUGAGGCACUGUGCUCAGAGGACAGGCUCAGGCAGACGUGGGUACUAGGAGUAUCCUGCUAGCAGUCAGCAUCAUGGAAGAUGGCACAAGGCCAGGUAAUGCUGAAUCCUUGGUCCACUUUUGUCCAGAGCUCAAAAGAUAAGACAUGAUCCUAAUUUUCUUCAUCCUUUUGGUCCAAGGACUGAACAUGUCCUGCCUUCCUUUGAUGUGAUUCCAAAGUCUGGCUCAAACGGGAACCUCCCAGCAACAUCAGCCUCUCCCCUUCCUAGCUUACACCAGUUAGAGCCCAUUCUGGAACUGGAGUUGGAGUUCAUGCCACAGACAUUGAAAAUGCAAACAGGGAUAUUUCCCAAAGGAGACGUGGAGUACUGUUUUACCAAAAAAAUUGGAAGGGUGAGGUGAAAAAAACAGCAGAUGUCAUCUGUGCACAUAUGAGGGUGACGCUGAGAUAGUGGUGUUCUCCAGUUAGCACUGGCUCAGAAACCAGGUUUGCGGAAGAUUCAGGUCUGCGGGAAGGCCGGUCCACAGUCCACCUUGGAGACCGAGACAGGCAGAGCCAGUGGAAAGGAAACAGACAUUGGAAAGAGAUAAUAUUCCCUGGGAGUCUGUUCUGUGCCAGGGUCCUCACUUUGUGGUCUCAUUUAAGCCUCCUCACACCAUGAAGUAGAACUGGGGGUUUCAAGUGGUUGGAGAUGAGGAUAAAGAUAAAUCUGGAGUCUCCCAGGGCAGACUGAGGAAGCAGGCCUCAUAGAGGGGAACAUGGGUGCCGAAGGGCCGGGGACAUGCAGGCAGGUUAAAAAGGGGCUGCUCGGGGUUCCAGCAACACAGUUUUCUUUAGAUGUGAAAUGAUGAAUCACUUCGUUGUUUGAAAGCAGUACAGCCAGCCAGCCAGCCACGCCACGAUCUGGAUCUUGCAACCCACCUAUCUUAUUUUUCAACCAGGAAAAUCCUUUUAAAGAGAUAGAUGUGAAUUCCCGGUGCCGUGUAUAUAUUUGUGCCACAUUUAAUUUCAUUAGCUAUAAUAUCACAUAGCUGCGCUGAUUUAACUGCUCUGACCAGAUGGUAAUGCCGUCUGAAGAAAAAUGGUUCCACGAUGUAAUUGAACAUGUCCUGUUGACAGAGUUACAAUGACCCAUUUUCCCAAUUAAAUAUAGGUGAUUCAGUAAAAUCAACACCGGGUCUAUUUCUCUGCCACCACGUCUAGCUCAGAACAGAAGGGAGGAAUCGUGCUCCAGGGCAGACGCGCUGCACGGGUGACGGAGUAUAGCCUGGGGGCAGGAAUAAAGGCAGGCCUCCCCUCCCACUCUGGGCAGAAGAGAAGUGGCUGUUGAUACCUAGAUUUGGCCAGUGACCAAGGGGAGAGGCUUGGCUUUCUUAGUUACGACCCUUCUGAAAGUGAUGAUGAAAGCAGACGUGAACAUCAUGACAAGUAGGCGGUACAUUGUGAAACAUGUUGGCCUCUGAGUGGAACCAAGUGUAGCAGAAACAUGGGUGUUGACUCUGGGCAGAUGAGGGUGUUGGUUUUUAUGACUGUUUUCAAUCAAUACAAUUCAUGUAUCAGAACAAGCAUCUGAUGAAUCUGUCACUAAAAAUAUUUUUGCAUGUACUGAAAAAAAAAAAAAUUAACUGUAGGCUCUUCCAGGCCUUCCUGAUCUGCUUAUGUAACCACAAAAUGUACAGGUUUAGGAGUUCCCAUCGAGGCUCAGCAGAAACGAAUCUGACUAACAUCCCAGCAGGUUGGAUCCCUGACCUCGCUCAGUGGGUUAAGGAUCCAGCGUUGCCGUGAGCUGUGGUGUGGGUUACAGACACGGCUCGAUCUGACGUGGUUGUGACUGUGCCACAGGCCAGCAGCUGUAACUCCAGUUCAACCCUAGCCUGGGAACCUCCAUGUACUUUGAGUGCGGCCCUAAAAGGACCAAAAAAAAAAAAGAAAAGAAAAAGAAAAGAAAUGUACAGGUUCAGUAAAAGAAAGAAAAAAGUCAUACUGUGGCGUUGGAACUUUUCAGCAGGCUCCCUGGAGAUGCUGAUUAUCUCUAGAGAUGAUAGGAAGUGAGAUGUUUUUACUGAGAAGGUGGAAAACGGCCCCUGGCCGUGUGGAGAAACUUAAAAGAUGCGUGGCUUCACUUAGGCAUCUUCCUAUCGUGUGGGUAAAAAUCUGCAGUCCGUCUCUCCUCUCCUCGCCUGUGGACAAGGUGAGAAUUUGAAAAUCAAAAGGACCUUAAAAUCCACGCAAAGUCAGCCUCUCAUUUUACCCUUGAAGAAACUGAGGCCCGAAGAGGAGACCCACAUAGCUCCAGAGAUCUUAGGGUGGGCUCCCCAGUGUCUCUUCUCUCUUCACUGAUUUUGUUUCUGUUCCGGUGCUAAGGGGCUGCUGGGGAGAGGGGAGCAGAUGGAGGGAAGGGUGGAGUAUGAACCUGUUCCCUGCCUUCACUGCUAGUCACCCCAAAACAGCUUCCUUUCUGUCUAUUGUAUACAUUAAGGUCUCAUACAAGAAUUUAUUUAGAUAUUUUUCUCAUGUCAAAAAGUACAAAGUUUGGCGUCCCUGGUGGUUCCGUAGGUUAACAACUCGGUAUCGUCACUGCUGUGGGUCUGGUUACUGCUACGGUAUGGGGUUCAGUCCCUGGACUGGGAAUUUUUGUAUGCCGGGUGCAGCCAAAAAAAAAAAAAGGUAUGAAGCUUGAAACCCACUAUCCUCAACCACAGAAUUCUUUUUUUUUUAAUUUAUUUAUUUAUUUAUCUAUUUUUAAUUGUUAUUUCCCCACAGGAAUUCUUAAGAGAGUAUAUGAUGCCCAUGUGUCUUCACUCCUGCCCCAUGGGUCUUAGAUUUGGGCUUCAUUAUAUCUCCUCGUUUCCUAAUUCAUAAGACAGAAAGUAAAGCAACAUCAAAUCUUCUCAGGGAGAGGAUAUUCAGCAAGUAGAAGGAAAUAUUUCAGGGUAGUUGAAUGUUCAGGCAGUGUUUAACUUUGUCACCGUCCCCCGUUGCAGUUCGAUUCGGAAAAUGAGACUUAGCAAGCAGAGUCCUGGACGUCAGUCCCUGCUCUGCAGGAAGGUGCCGUUUGACCUGGCGCAGGCCCUGCAGACCGGUUCAGAGAACCGUCAUUUUCACCUGAGGGGGGACGUGGGCGAAGGUGGCAAGCUGGUCCAGCUGCUGCAGGCGCACAUCCAGGCGGGAAGCUCCCUCCGAGCGCAUCAGCACCAGCCUCCUGCCUGCGUGGACCUUCACCCCGGCCUCCUCUCUAAAGCUUCUCUGCUGGUGACUCAGAAACCUGACUGUUCAUUUUACACAUGUUUUGCCUUUGAUUCAUUUAUAGUGGCCAAGUCUCAAGCCACUCUCUCUGCUUUUUGCCCUGUGGGUGGGGACCAGCCUCUGGUUCCGCCCAGCAGGCUGAGCUUGGAGAAGCAAUCACAGCCCCCAAAGAUGAACUCCUUUGUCCCUGAAAGGGGCCUUUCUAGGCAGCUCCCCAGGGGCUACUGCUCUGUUCUCCCAAGGCGUCGUGAUUGCCUCUCCACCCAUCCCCAGAGGAGUCUGAUUGCAGCUCUGCUCUCCCCGGGCCUUGUCUGUCUGUGCUUUUUACCCACUUCCAGCCUGGCUCCUGAGGGCCUGAUUGGCCUCUCCAGUUCUCCCGGAGCACCAGGGUGGCUCUGCAACUCGUCCUCAGCUCUCUCGGCCAUCAACCCUCUCUCCCUUUGGUUUUGGGGUUUCCUUACUCUGAGGAUUCCUCCUUUGCAUACACAUACAGCCCACCUUGAAAACUCCUCUGGGUCUUUCUCACAGCACUGCUUAAUAGAAUUCCCACCUUUUCCUAAACCUGACUCGCCAAGUACCUCUGACUCAGACCAGCCAAGCAGGGCCAUGUCGGCCAUGCCCUGUUCGUUUCCCUCAAGCUGGGGGAAGGGGCUGGAGGCAUAAAGUCAUGAGUGUGCUUGCUGGGGUGGCAGCAAUGAAGAGACACGGUGUCCUCAGCAUGCUGGUGGAGGCCGAUAGUCUCCUCAGCAGAGGGCUUGGAAUAGCUAUAAAAGCAUAAUCGCAGGGGGCAGUAGGCAUGAAAUGCAUGGCUGCACACUUAGUUCUUAGGUAAAAGAAGCGUGGGUUUCCACACGGAGCCCUUUGUGAUUUCCAGUCCUGUGUCUUCCCAGUUUCUUAAAGGACUCCUUUGCUCGGUUUGUCUAACGGUCAUGGCCUUGCAGAAUAACCUCAGGAGCUGUUCUAUUCCUUGACCUUCUGCAUGAGCCUUGGGGAGCUGGUUAUGGUGGGUGGGGAAAUGGAGAAGAUUCUUCAGACAUGGCAUUAUAUAGAUUUGUUCUUCCAAAGAAAAUUGCCUUGGGGAUAGCCCUGCUAACAUGGUGGGCCGGGCUGUAUCUUUGAGGGGACAGUGGAAGGUAACUUGUGACAUUUUCUCAGAAUUUUUUGUAAUCCGUGAUUUUUCAUUUGAGAUUUUUCUUUCUGAAGAAGAUGCAUAGCUUGUUCAUGUAAUUCAGAAUUUGGAUGUUCUGGGCAUCCUACUGUGUCCUUCAAAAUUCAGUAAAGGUGUGCUUGUUAGUCUAAGCCAUCUUUUGUAAGAAUCUCAUCUGUUCCCAUCUGUGCUUAGACUCCCUGUUGUGUAGUAUUUUAUCAGCUGACCUGCAUUUGUCAUGUAAAAUCUUAUCGUUUAAUUUUCAUUUUAUUCCUCCUCGCCUCUGCAUAGCCAUCAGCAUGGGAUGACUGUGGUGACACCUUUUCAGCCUAAAGCAGACACUGGUAUUUAGUCGCCUCUGUAGCCUUGGUGGAGGCAUAUGCAGUUCCUUUUAGACCUUUUUUCCCAACACCAGGAAGAGCUCCCUGAUCCCCACAGUCAGCUCCGUGGACUCCUCUUCCAACCUCUAAAUUCAGUGAUGCUUCACGUUAUGUCUCAGUACCGUGAUGCUGGAGAGAAGUUCCAUUUAGGAUUUUCAUUUCACAGGUUAGACAGCAGGACCUCCUACUAUAUUGGAUUUUUAAAUAGGUUUAUUAAUGCUUUCUACUCCAGAGACUUGGAAGACCUGGAUGCCUUUUAGAUAAGAAAACUAAAAUAUGGUAGGCUGGCUUUCAAAAUCACAGUGCAAGUUUAUAUCAGAAUUACUUGAACAACAUUUUUUGUGUAUCUGUUGGGUAUAUAAGCCCGUGCGGUAGAUGCCCAGGGGAUUACAGAAAGGGGUGAAAGUUGCAGACCCUGCCUUUAAGGGGUUUCUGUGUAAGAGAGCAAAUAAAGUAUAAAUAAAAUUAAACUCAUUCAGCGGUGAUGAAUGAGUUUAAACCACUAAUUUGUGAUGUGAGAUUUCAGAAAAUGAGAGAGAAAUUGUUUUCUUUUUUCAAAAAGAUAAUUUAUUGAGGUGAAGUUCACAUAACAAAAUUAACAAUUUAAAACGAAUAAUUUAGUGGCACGUAGUACAUACACAGUGGUGUACAACUACUACUCUACCCUGUUCUCAUCACUCCAAAGUAAAACCCCAUAUCUGCUGAACAGUCUACACUGAUUCCUCUCACUCUCCAGCUCUUGCAGCCUCUGAUCUGGUUCUGUCUCUAAAAGUUUAUCUGUUUUGGAGAUUUCAUAUAAAUGGAAUCAUACAAUUUGUGACUCCUUUGUCUGGCUUUUUUUUUUUUUUACAAUAUUUUGGAGGUUCAUGCAUAUUCUGUUAUGUAUCAGUACUUCCUUUCUUUGUCUAAAUAAUAUUCCAGUAUGUGUAUAUACCAGAAUAUGUGCAUCUGUUGAUGGAUGUUUGGGCCGUUUCUACCUUUUGGCUGUUUUUAAUAUUGUGCUAUGAAAAUGUGUGUACGUGCACUUAUUUGAGUAUCUAUUUUCAGUUCUUUUGGUUAUAUACCUAGGAGUGGAAUUGCAGGGUCAUAUGGUAGUCUGUGUUUAAUUUUUUGAAGAAUCACAAAAUCAGUAUGGAACCUCAUUGUGGUUUUUCAUUCGCAUUUUGUUUUGGUUAAUGAUAUUAAGGAUCUUUUUGUGUGCUUUCAUGUGUCUACAUAUCUUCGUUGAAGAAAUGUCUGUUCAAGUCCUUUGUCCAUGCUUGAAUUGGAUUGCCUGUCCUUUUGUUGUUGAAUUUUAAGAAUUCUUUAUAUAGUCUUGAUACUAGAAUCUUAUCAGAUAUACGAUUUGGCAAUUUUUCUCAUUUUAUAGAAAUUUUCACUUUCUUGCUAAUGCUCUUUGUUGCACAGUUUAAAAUUUUGAUGAAAUCCAGUUUAUCUGUUCUUUAUUGCUAAUUUUUUAUAUAUCUAGGAAUUUACUGCCAAAUCCAGGGACAUGAGGAUUUAUCUCUAUGUUUUCUCCUAAGAGUUUUAUGGUUUUAGCUCAUAUGUUUAGGCUGUUGAUCCAUUUUGUGGUAAUUUUGUAUGUGGUGUGAGGUUGGGAUCCAACUUUAUUUUUUUCCAUGUGGCCGUGCAUUUGUCCCCACACUAUUUGUUGAAGGGAUCAUUCUUCCCCAUAGAAUAAUCUGGGCAUCUUUGUCUAAAUCAGAUGGUCAUAGAUGUUUGUUUCUGGAUUCUCAGUCCUAUUCCGUUGGUCUGUACUGCUGUCCUUGUGCCAGUACCACACUGUUUUGAUUGCUGUCAUUUUAUAGUAAUUUUUGAAAUCAAGACAUGUUUGUCCUGCUAACCUUAUCCUUUUUUUUCAAGGUUGUUUUGGCUUUUUAGAACUCCUUACAAUUCUAUACAGAUUUGAUGAUUGGCUUUUCCAUUUCUGCCAAAGUCCAUUGGAAUUUUGAUAGGAAUUGCAUUGAAUCUGUAGGUCCCUUUGAGUAGUACUGACAUUUUAACCAUAUUAAACCUUCCAAUCCAUAAAGUGGUAUGUCUUUCCAUUUAUUUAGGUCGUCAAUUGUGUAGUUUUUAGUAUAUAAGUCCUGUACCUCUUUGGGUAAAUUAUUUUGUAGGAAUUUUAUAAUUUUGGAUGCUAAUUGUAAAUGAAUAAUUUUCUUAAUUUCCUUUUUGGAUGGUACAUUGUUGGUGUAUAGAAACACAGCUAAUUUUUAUGCCUUUGGUCUCAUGCCUUGCAACUUGGCCGAAUUCAUUUUAUUAGCUUUGGGAUUUUCUAUAUGUGAACUCCUUUCAUCUGUCUAUAGAUAUGCAGUUGUAUUUAUUUCUCUUGCCUAAUUGCUCAGGUUAGAACUUCCAGAACAGGGUUCAAUAACAGCGGUGAAUGUAGGCAUUUUUGUUUUAUUCAUGGUCUUAGAGGGGAGAAAUUUCAGUAUUUCGUCCCUGAGUAUGAUGUUAUCUGCGGGCGUUAGAUAAGUGCUCUUAUCAUGUGAAGGAACUUCCCUUCUAUUCCGUUUUCUGAAUGUUUUUAUCAUGAGAGGAUGUUGGAUUUUGUCAAAUGCUUUUCCUACACCAUUUGAGAUGCUCAUGUGGCAGGUAGAAUUUUACAGAAAGAGGAGGAGUGGAUUGAUAGAGAGGCAGAGAAGUGUGGAGUCUGGAGAAGUAAGUGGCUCAAGUACAGUGUUAGUAAUGCAGCUGGUAUCUGUGAGGAUUACUGCACAAUCUGAAGUCAUUGGAAGAGAAUAUAGCAGAGCAGAGGGUUAGCUAACAAGCCCAGAAAGGGCAUAUUUUGAGAACAUUGGGAAGGACCUUGAGUGCCAGGAUGCCUUGAGCUAGUAGAGCUUUUUAGGGUCUCUCAAUUCGGUCAAACUAGGAAUUUAUGAUAGCUCAUUGUUCUCUACUUUUGUGUCUCUACUUCUGCUUUUCUGUUGACUUUUUCAUUUGUCUAACAAUCCUUCCUUCUUCUUUCUCUUUCUUUUUUCUUUCUUUUUUUUGGGGGGGGCGGGGCACACCUGUGGCAUGUGGGAGUUCCUGGGCCACGCAUUGAACCUGGGCCCCAGCAGUGACAAUGCUGAGUCUUUUAACUGCUAGGCCACCAGGAAACUCCCACAAUCCUUCCUUCUUAAUUUUGGUAGUGAAGUGUUGUGUACAUUUUAUGAACAAAGGAAAUACUGGAUUUCUUCAAUACCAUGUGAUGAAUUCUGUGGUUUUUAAAAUUUAGGAUAAAAACAAAGUUAAGAAGUGAGCCAACCCUUUUUGGUGGUUCAUUUCAACCUUAUGUACAGAGACGGACCUGGUAACAAGCCAACAGCUUUUGUCAGGGCUGUAAAUUAGACUGGAGGGAAGAAUGAACUGCACAUUCCUCAAUCCUGGGCCAAGGUUCCCGAGAUUUCUGCCAGCCCUCUUCCAGACAACAGCAUGGUUCCUCAGCUGUCCUUCUAGUAGGGAGACAGAUGGAACCUCGGGGGCUUCCUGUUUAGGCGUCUCAGAAUUCGGAGUUGUUAUGAUGUGUGGGCUUUGAAAAUGCCACACUUUAGGGAAGCUGAGCUUUUGCAUCUCAGGCUUUCUUAUACUGAACAUGUGUUCCUUUCCAUCUUCAUGGCAUUAAUUUUUGUUGUGCGCGUGCCUCCAGGCCUUUUCCUGAAAUCUCAACAGAGGAUGGGUCCUGGCUUUGCUGGAAGCCAGGCUCAUUAAGUUGCUCAAGCGUUGCCUUGCUGCACACCCUCUCCUGCCUGUUCUCAGGCCAGCCCCAUUCCCCUCCUUCCAAUCUCGUUUCGUUAGUCACUCUCUUCGCCAACAGGCAACCAUGUCAUGGGCUUCUUCUCCCUCCAAGGAGUGGGCCCAGACCUAAGGACCAGCCCGUCUCUGUCAAUGACCAGCACAUAUCAGAGAUAUGACUAUUUAGCUCUCUAACCACGUGCCUCUGUCCUCUCUAGAAACCUUCCAACAUACUGUUAACCCAAGUGCAGGGGCGGAAGAGCCCAGGAGCACCUGGGACAAAUGUUAAUGGCUUGUUCAUUAGGACACUUCAUCAGAGGGUUCCAGCUGUUGGUGUCAGGAGGUGACAAUGAGGCCUCUCUUGGAUAAGAAGGAUGUGGAGAUCCGCAGAGAUCAGAAAUGGAAAGAUGACUGUGACUCAGCCAUCAGAAAACUACUUGACGUCUAAGUUUUAGCCAACAGCAGGGGUGGCUGCAUGGAAAAUGCACACAUACAUCCAUUGUUGCAAGGCCAUAAUUUCCUUAGCACCGUCCUCAGGCUGUAUUAAUGAAGAAGCCAACUGUGCGUGUCACAGUGCUGGCCCUGUAUGCAGCUAUGCAAGGAUGCUUCUCAGUUAAAUGGAGUAUGGAUAUGUAAAGUGAUUAACUAAGACUUGACAGUUAACACAAUUCUUUAAUUGCAGCAGGCAUCUGAAGUAAAUAAGUGAGUCUAAUUGUUGAGAAAGCCUAGAACUAAAAAGCUUAAAUUUUAGAAGCAAGUCUUGCUGUUUCACAUUACAAGGAGAAAUCUUUCUUCAAAGAUUCACAGGCUUUUAUGCUGGAGUAUCUAAUAUAGAUUUUAUUUUUUCUUUUUAAUAAAAAAAUUGGCUUGCUAACCUUGAAGAAAUCCAUACUCGUUAUUUAAAAAAUUGAACAAUAUAAAACAGUAUCCAAACCAGAAAGCUAAACCCACUGACCCACCCCAAACCUGUCAAACAUGCUUCAUUCCCACAAGGUGACCACUCUUAGCUUUUCUCUGUCACCUUCCUGUCCCCUUUUUUUUUUUUCCCUUUUUGGUCUUUUUAGGGCGGCACCUGGGGCAUAUGGAAGUUCCCAGGCUAGGGGUCGAAUCAGAGCUGUAGCCGGCAGCCUACACCACAGCCACAGCA